UUUUCGAACGCAACCUCGCACGCGUGGUCGCGUUUUGAUACUUUGACAUGUUUUGACAGUGUUCCGACAUUAUCAACAAAUUCUGGGAACGAAAAUUGGUGUAAAUCACCAAAGAUGAUGUCCGAAAGGGAUUACGCGCCCUUGAGCGCGGCGUGCGUUCGUUCCCUCAAUGACAAAUUGUACGAGAAACGGAAACCAGCUGCUUUGGAGAUAGAAAAGAUGGUGAAGGAUUUCGCUGCUCAUAACAAUACUGUUCAAAUCAAGAGAUUGCUGAAAGUCCUUGGACAAGACUUCGCAACUUCGCAGAAUCCGCAUACGCGUAAGGGCGGCUUGAUCGGUCUCGCCGCGAUCGCUGUCGGUCUUGGGAAGGAUACCGGUCAGUAUAUAGAAGAUCUGAUCCAUCCGAUCUUGGCAUGUUUCUGUGACGCUGACCUGAGAGUCAGGUACUACGCUUGCGAAAGCCUGUACAAUGUGGUCAAAGUGGCAAGAGGUGCGGUACUGCCUCAGUUUACAGAUAUCUUUGCUGCUCUUAGUAAAUUGGCCUGUGAUUCCGAGCAGAAUAUAAAGAACGCUACCGAGCUACUCGAUAGACUGAUGAAGGAUAUCGUGACAGAAAGCGGCCUCUUUGAUUUAGUCGGAUUCAUGCCUUUAUUGCGCGAACGUAUCUAUACAAAAAAUCCAUUUGGCAGACAAUUUGUAAUAUCAUGGGUGUCUGUGCUGGAUGCAGUACCCAAUAUGGACUUUAUUAUAUUUCUGCCUGAAAUACUCGAUGGAUUGUUUAGAAUAUUGGAGGACCCGACGCCGGAGAUCAAGAAGGUCACGGAUACGGUUCUCGGUGAAUUCUUACGUAGCAUAAAAGCCAAUCCCGCGAGGGUAGAUUUUCCAGCUAUGAUAAACAUACUAAUUACGCACGCUCAGAGUAACGACGAGCUACUUCAGUUGACCGCCAUCACGUGGAUAAAAGAAUUCGUACAUUUAUCCGGUCCUCUUAUGCUCCCGUAUAUGUCUGGCAUUCUUGUGGCGGUUUUACCAUGCUUGGCCUACGAUGGUGAUACACGGAAGAGUACUAAAGAAACAGCGACGCAAGUAAAUGCGAAUUUAAUGAAGUUGAUAAUUAUGGAAAAUACAGAGAUUACAAGUAAGAAGGAGAAAGACAAUGUACGCUCUACGAAAGAGAAAAACGAUACAAUGCAAAAUUGUUCCUUAGCUGAAAGCUUAGAUCUUGCCAGUGUUGUAGAAGUACUUACAAAGCACUUAUUGUAUCUGUCAGUUCAAACGAAGGUCGCGGUUUUAAAAUGGAUACAUCAUUUGUUCAUAAACAUUCCACAUAAAAUGUUUAAUCAUAUUGAGGAUUUGUUUCCGAUAUUGAUGAAAUCCCUGAGUGAUACUUCGGACGAGGUAGUGCAACAGACUUUGGUGGUAAUGGCCGAGAUUAUCAGUUCAAAAUCUCCAGAGGCGGUAACGACCGAUCCCAAUGCAAAAGUGCAGAAUAAGUAUUUCACCAAAUUUAUAGUUAAUUUAUUGAGGCUCUUCUCAACCGAUAGACAUUUAUUGGAAGAACGAGGCGCUUUCAUUAUAAGAGAAUUAUGUGUUCUUUUGAGCGCAGAAGAUAUAUAUAAAACAUUGGCGAAGAUUCUAUUGGAAGAACAAAAUUUAAGCUUUGCUUGUACAAUGAUACAAACCUUGAAUGUUAUCCUGUUAACCAGUUCCGAAUUAUUCGAUUUACGCAACAAACUUAGACGUUUAGAUUCUCCAGAAAGUUGCGCGUUAUUCGAAUGUCUAUACGUGUCUUGGUGUCAUAAUCCGGUCGCGACAGUGGCUCUGUGUCUUCUAUCUCAACAUUAUCGACAUGCCAGCAACAUCAUUCGAUCUUUCGAAAAUAUAGAAGUUACAGUGGAAUUUUUGACAGAAAUAGACAAAUUAGUACAAUUAAUAGAAUCACCAAUAUUCACUUAUUUGCGGCUGCAAUUAUUGGAAUGGGAGAAGAAUGAUGCUCUGAUAUACGCGUUGUACGGCUUGCUCAUGAUUCUGCCACAGAGUGAAGCUUACGCUACUUUACAACGUCGUUUAGCAGCGAUACCCCCAGCUAAGAAACCAAUAUCUAAUAAAUUGGAAAAAUCAGAAGAGAAAGGUUAUUGCCCGUUUGAUUUCAGUGAACUAUUGAAACAUUUCCAUAUAGUUCAAGAACAGCACAAGGAACAAAAGCGUAAACAAAGACUGAAUUCUUUAGUCGAACGAAAUACUAGUCACAUAGACACGUGAAUAUUCAUACACACCAUACAUAC